UUAUUCCUGGCCAAGGUUUUCCUUUCUAGAUGAAGAGGACUGGGAGACAGGGCCAUUGGAAGGAGAUGGUGAAUGGGAAGAAAAGAGAGGCACUUGACAGCCCAGCCCUGUGAAUGCAGAGACUGUUUCCCUUCUAGCGAGAGACAGGGAGAGUGUGUGUGUGAGGACUGGGAGGUGGCUCCCCCUUCCUUCUCAUUCCGCCUCCCCCACCCCCUUCAAAUCUGCACAUUCAACCAUGAGUUGCCUGUUGAUUUCCUUUCGCCUGAGAAGCAAAGCAAGCUGGAAUUAAACUGCAGCGAGAGAAGUCCUUGCUCGCGGGUAGAGAAUGGGAUGGUAGCGGCGGCUACUGGCUUCUCGCAGAGAAAUCAGUGUGUGUUCUCCCAACAGAGGCUGAGAGACCUCGGUACACGUUCCCCCUCCCGAUAGACUCACACUGCACAAACGCUGAUCCGGCUGUGGCUUUCUUGACUUCAGGGGAAAGCCUUUUCGGAAAACGAGAGGGAGGAGCUUGGUGGAGGAAGGAAACUACAAAUCGGGACACCAGUUCUUUGAGCUGCAUUUCCUCCCCUCCCUGUGGCUGGCUGCUCGGAACACAGAGAGCCAGGGAGCGAGAGAGAGAGAGAGAGAGAGAGACAGAGAGAGACAGAGAGAGAGAGAGAGGCCGCUUUGACUGGGAGAUUUAGUCCACCGCCGCCGCUGCCUCAGCCAGAAACGCAAGAUUAGAUCUCUAAAUGCAGCAAAACACUGCCUGAAAACAGACCAGCCCGAGAAGCCAGCAAACGGACGUUUCACAGAGCUCCGGGGAAGCUUCAAAUAUAUCUGACUCUCUUCGCUGCUCCCCAUCCCCGUUAAUUUCAUCCCUGGAGGCGGCCAGAAACAAGUAAGGAUUUCACUUUCCGAUCUGCCUGAAGACACACCUCCCCGCUCCCUCCCCCACCCACGGCGAAGUGUAUUCCGGAGGCUACAGGAGGGAGUGGAUUUGCAGCGCCCUAGCGGGAGCGAGGGUAUCCUACGGAUUCUAUCCUCAUGAUCACCAGUCUAGAUUUACUUCUUAUCAACGGCGUCCUCACUCAAGUUUGAGUCGCCCCAAGUUCGGGCAGCAGAGACAAAGCCCUGGGCUUGCCCCCAGCCGCAGGGAGCCUCCACCUUGCUCCGUGCCCCUGCGGCUCCGCCGCGCUGCUGCUUCUUGCCCAGUGCGGAUGCUGUAGAUCAACAGGUUCGGGAACUUAGCGAAUAAGGAGAGAUCUCCGGGUGCCGCAGCCGGGGAGCGGAAGGAGGAAGGACCCACCGACUGGUGGCUCACGUCGCCCUCGCAAGGUGCGCGGGGGCUCCACACUGGCGCGCACCCAGUCGCUCGCCCCUCCAGUCCAGCUGCUCCUUCUCCCAUCCCACCGGUCUGGGAUGUACCUUUCCAUCUGUUGCUGUUUCCUACUCUGGGCCCCUGCCCUGACGCUGAAAAACCUCAACUACUCCGUGCCGGAGGAGCAGGGGGCCGGCACGGUGAUCGGCAACAUCGGCAAGGAUGCUCGACUGCAGCCAGGGCUUCCGCCCUCGGAGCGCGGCGGCGGCGGCGGGCGAAGCAAGUCCGGGAGCUACCGGGUGCUGGAGAACUCUGCGCCACACCUGCUGGACGUGGACGCCGACAGCGGGCUCCUGUACACCAAGCAGCGCAUCGACCGUGAGUCCCUGUGCCGCCACACCGCCAAGUGCCAGCUGUCCCUCGAGGUAUUCGCCAAUGACAAGGAGAUUUGCAUGAUCAAAGUGGAGAUCCAGGACAUCAACGACAAUUCGCCCUCCUUUCCUUCGGACCAAAUUGAGAUGGACAUUUCAGAGAAUGCGGCCCCAGGCACCCGAUUCCCCCUCACCAGUGCUCACGACCCAGACGCGGGUGAGAACGGGCUCCGCACCUAUCUGCUCACUCGCGACGACCACGGUCUUUUCGCUCUGGACGUCAAGUCCCGCGGCGACGGUACCAAGUUCCCAGAACUGGUUAUCCAGAAGGCACUGGACCGCGAGCAGCAGAACCACCACACACUCGUGCUCACCGCCCUGGAUGGAGGCGAGCCGCCGCGCUCCGCCACCGUGCAAAUCAACGUGAAGGUGAUCGACUCCAAUGACAAUAGCCCAGUCUUUGAGGCUCCCUCCUACCUGGUGGAGGUGCCCGAGAACUCCCCGCUGGGCACCGUGGUCAUUGAUCUGAAUGCCACGGACGCCGACGAGGGCCCCAAUGGCGAAGUGCUGUACUCCUUCAGCAGCUACGUGCCCGACCGGGUGCGGGAACUGUUCUCCAUCGACCCCAAGACUGGCCUGAUCCGCGUCAAAGGCAACCUGGACUACGAGGAAAAUGGGAUGCUGGAGAUCGACGUGCAGGCCCGAGAUCUGGGGCCCAAUCCCAUCCCAGCCCACUGCAAAGUCACCGUCAAACUCAUCGACCGCAAUGACAAUGCGCCGUCCAUCGGGUUCGUCUCUGUGCGCCAGGGGGCGCUGAGCGAGGCCGCCCCGCCAGGCACCGUCAUCGCCCUGGUGCGGGUCACUGACCGGGACUCAGGCAAGAACGGACAACUGCAGUGUCGGGUCCUGGGAGGAGGUGGGCCGGCCGGGGCCGGCGCCCUGGGCGGGUCGGGAGGCUCUGUGCCCUUCAAGCUUGAGGAGAACUAUGACAACUUCUACACGGUGGUGACUGACCGCCCUCUGGACAGGGAAACCCAAGACGAGUACAACGUGACCAUUGUGGCGCGGGACGGGGGAUCCCCUCCACUCAACUCCACCAAGUCGUUUUCCGUCAAGAUUCUGGACGAGAACGACAACCCUCCUCGUUUCACCAAGGGACUCUACGUGCUGCAGGUGCACGAGAAUAACAUCCCAGGAGAGUACCUGGGCUCGGUGCUCGCCCAGGACCCCGACCUGGGCCAAAACGGCACAGUGUCCUACUCCAUCCUGCCCUCGCACAUCGGCGACGUGUCCAUCUACACCUAUGUGUCUGUGAACCCCACCAACGGGGCCAUCUACGCCCUGCGUUCCUUUAACUACGAGCAGACCAAGGCUUUUGAGUUCAAGGUACUUGCUAAGGACUCAGGGGCGCCCGCACACUUGGAGAGCAACGCCACUGUGAGGGUGACAGUACUAGAUGUGAACGACAACGCACCGGUGAUCGUGCUGCCCACGCUGCAGAACGACACCGCCGAGCUGCAGGUCCCGCGAAACGCCGGCCUGGGUUACCUGGUGAGCACCGUGCGCGCCCUGGAUAGCGACUUCGGCGAGAGCGGGCGCCUCACCUACGAAAUCGUAGACGGUAACGACGACCACCUGUUUGAAAUCGACCCGUCCAGCGGCGAGAUCCGCACGCUGCAUCCCUUCUGGGAGGACGUGACUCCCGUGGUCGAGCUGGUAGUGAAGGUGACUGACCACGGCAAACCUACCCUGUCCGCAGUGGCCAAACUCAUCAUCCGCUCGGUGAGCGGCUCCUUGCCCGAGGGGGUCCCCCGCGUGAAUGGGGAGCAGCACCACUGGGACAUGUCACUGCCGCUCAUUGUGACUCUGAGCACUAUCUCUAUCAUCCUCCUAGCGGCCAUGAUCACCAUCGCCGUCAAGUGCAAGCGAGAGAACAAGGAGAUCCGCACUUAUAACUGCCGCAUUGCCGAGUACAGCCACCCGCAGCUGGGCGGGGGCAAGGGCAAGAAGAAGAAGAUCAACAAAAACGAUAUCAUGCUGGUGCAGAGCGAGGUGGAGGAGAGGAACGCCAUGAACGUCAUGAACGUGGUGAGCAGCCCCUCCCUGGCCACCUCCCCCAUGUACUUUGACUACCAGACCCGUCUGCCCCUCAGCUCACCCCGGUCGGAGGUGAUGUAUCUUAAACCAGCCUCCAACAACCUGACUGUUCCUCAGGGGCACGCGGGCUGCCACACCAGCUUCACUGGACAAGGGACUAAUGCGAGCGAGACCCCUGCCACUCGGAUGUCCAUAAUUCAGACAGACAAUUUUCCCGCAGAGCCCAAUUACAUGGGCAGCAGGCAGCAGUUUGUUCAAAGUAGCUCCACGUUUAAGGACCCAGAAAGAGCCAGCUUGAGAGACAGUGGGCACGGGGACAGUGAUCAGGCUGACAGUGACCAAGACACUAACAAAGGCUCCUGCUGUGACAUGUCUGUUAGGGAGGCGCUCAAGAUGAAAACCACUUCAACUAAAAGCCAACCACUUGAACAAGAACCAGAAGAGUGUGUUAAUUGCACAGAGGAAUGCCGAGUGCUUGGUCAUUCUGACAGGUGUUGGAUGCCACAGUUCCCUGCAGCCAAUCAGGCUGAAAAUGCAGAUUACCGCACAAAUCUCUUUGUACCCACAGUUGAAGCUAAUGUUGAGACUGAGACUUACGAAACUGUGAAUCCCACUGGGAAAAAGACUUUUUGUACAUUCGGAAAAGACAAGCGAGAGCACACUAUUCUCAUUGCCAAUGUUAAACCUUAUUUAAAAGCCAAACGUGCCCUGAGCCCUCUCCUCCAAGAGGUCCCCUCAGCAUCAAGCAGUCCAACCAAGGCAUGCAUGGAGCCUUGCACCUCAACAAAAGGCUCUCUGGAUGGUUGUGAAGCAAAACCAGGAGCCCUGGCCGAAGCAAGCAGCCAGUACUUGCCCACUGACAGUCAGUAUGUGUCGCCCAGUAAGCAACCAAGAGACCCCCCCUUCAUGGCUUCCGAUCAGAUGGCAAGGGUCUUCGCAGAUGUGCAUUCCAGAGCCAGCCGGGAUUCCAGCGAGAUGGGUGCUGUUCUGGAGCAGCUUGACCACCCCAGCAGGGAUCUGGGCAGAGAGUCAGUGGAUGCAGAGGAAGUUGUGAGAGAAAUUGACAAGCUUUUGCAGGACUGCCGGGGAAAUGACCCUGUGGCUGUGAGAAAGUGAGGGUGGGGAGCAUUGGCAAUUUCUUGUCUCUUCUUUGAUUUAAAAAUGGUCCCUCCUGGUGACAACCUGGUUUAUGGGGAUGAAGAGAGACCAAUGCUGCUUUAAGGCUUUGAGUGAACAUCUGAAGUGCCCACACAAGUAUGUUCUUUUCACUGCUAUUUCUUUUUCAGAGAUAACAAUGGUUUUGUUUUGACCAAACUUACAUUAGGACAGAAUUAAUGAUUCUCAAAGAGUAAAGAGAAACAGAGAAGAAAAAAGGAGAGAAGAAAAAGGAGGAUGAGGAGGCAAGUUACCUUUUGACAAUCUGUUAGGAAGGUAUGCGGUGUGAGAAUUGACAUAUUUCUGAUCACUCUGAGACUGUCCUCUGUGAUUUAUGCUGACUUAACUGUUUACCUAUAAACCCCAAUCAAAGCAGGGUCAUAAUUUGUGAUCUGUGGUGGAUUUCUAGCAGUUAUCACAGGUUUCUACUGAAAAUCCCGAAAAGACCUUGCAGUAGUCCAAGCUACACCAAACAUUAACACAUAUUUGUGGUAAACAUUUCUGUAUAAAGUUACCUGCCACACAUAUAAACACAAAGAGCAUUCCAUAACAUUAGUUGAAAAUUUAAAAAAAUACUUGGUCAUUUGUAAGACAUGUCAUGUCGUAAAAAAGUUAAGUGUAAAAAAAUAUAGUCCAUUUUGUCCUGCGCACACAUAGGCUAAUUCACUUCAUUAAAGAAGAAAAUUUAAAGAUUUAAAAAUGCCUCUUCAGCAUUUUAGUGUCCAACAAACAUAUAAAUAAUGCUGGAUAUGUUUUUAAUUUUAUCUGCAAAGAUUCUGAAAAAUAAUUACCAUUCAGUAAUAACAUUCAGAGAAAAUUAAUAUGAUUAAUAUGUUUUAUUCAUUUGUGGACACUAAAAUAGCUCAGGAAAAUGAAAAUGUCUUAGACAUACACAAAUCACAUGACCAUUUAAAUGUGCAAAUGUAAGAAGAUUCAAUGUGUUUACAUCAAAUGACAUAUUUUUAUUGAUUUAUUGCAGAUUCAGUGCAUAUGAGCCAAAUUGUUGAGUGUUUAAGAGCUAUAUUGUGUAUUUUAUUAAAUUAAUAUAUAGUUGUGUUGCAAAAAUAUUUGGGCUUAUAUUGUAAAUGGCAAGUGUUGCCUCGGUAGCUGUCGAACUCUAUGAGUUUUGUUUUUUCCUGCUUCCUUUUCCACAUGGAGUGUGGGAAGCAGUGCCUCAGAGCAAAGUCUCUUGUUUAAUGUAUAGUCUACCAAGUACUACAGUACAUAAUCUGUUCAAAAUGUGUUUGAGUGAGCCGAUGGAGCUAUCUGAAAGGUCAAAAAAAUACAUCCGUCAGUCAUGGUUAUGUGCAAGUCCUUGUAGAAGCUUUUAUUAAAGUCAUGCUAAAUCUCAAGAACUACAUUUGUACCAAUACCUGAAACUUCUCAUGUUUUCUCAAUAACAUAAAGUUUCUGCCUAUGUAGAUAUCAUGCUGUUGAUUGGUUCUCAAAAGUAUCUUAUGUGGUUUAAUAUGUGUGUUCCCAUUUAUUUCAAAACCAUGAAAAAUGCUUUAAUGCAUGUGUGGUACCAGCCCUAGUUACUUGCAUUGUGUAGUGUUUUUCAAGAAGUCUAGGUCUUAACAGGAUGUUUUUCAUUUUUCUCAAUGCUCUUCUUAUUGCUAUCUGUGGUGUAUUUCUAGCAAUCAUCAAAUGCUUCUACUGAAAGUCCCCAAGAGGUCUUGCAGUAGUCCAAGCUACAUCUUUUUUAUUGGUGACCUUUGAGAACAAUACACCUUCUAUUCCUUCAUUUUGUUGCACGUUUUUCUUGUGUCAUAUAGCAAGUUUCAACCUUACUUCCAUAUGAGGCUAGGAAACCUCAAAUUUCAGGAAUUGGGAAAAACAAAAUUAGCACUUGCAGAAGUAGUAGCAGAUGGGAAAAUGCCUUGAUUGACAUAUUCCUUCAGUGUUAAAAUUUUUUGGCAUUUUACAGCUUCGUGAUAAACAGCUUCCAGCCCAUACCUUAGAAAAUGUGGUGCUGAGUUAAAUAAAGGCUGUUUGUGCACUGGAGCAGAAAAUGCAUUAUUUGCAAACUGGUGGAGAAUUCUGUGCCUUCUUUUCUGGCCACCCAGCCAGUGUAGAAACAGCAUAAAUGUCAUAAAAUCCUUAUAUUAAAAACAAAAACAAAAGCAAAUACAAACAUUGAACUGAAUUAAGUUUUGCAAUUUUAAACAUCAACAAAUUCAACUGAAAAUAUUUCCGUCGAAUGCUGUCAAUACUUUAGAUUGUACCUCGUUUGAAAAACUGCUUUGAAAGGAAGAGUGGACAACUCCCAUCAGCCUUAUUCUCUCAAGAACUGUAUUUGGUUCCUAGUAACAGCCUUUCCAAAGCUCUACUCUUGUUUUUUUAUUAUUCUUAAAUGUUUAAAUUAGAAAAGAAGGGGUCUUGUACAGUGAAACAUAAUUGACUCUCUAUAUUUUGGACAAUUUAUGUAUCUGAAAUGUGUUGUCUCUGUUAUAUGAUGUUAUUUUUUGCCAGGAGACUAUAGGUUGAUUUAGCAGAAAUUUGAUGGGGGACCAAUUUCUGUUUAGUUUUACCAAGUGUUGCCUCUCUCUUACUGGACAUAUAGCCACUUAGUACAAUCUAAGGCAGUAUAUAAGUGAAAUCAACAAAGAGAGUAGGGUUUAUUUUUAAAACAUUCUUAACUUUGAGUAACCAGUUGUUCAAUUUAGUAUAUGUGUCUGAAGAUUUUAAAACACUAUAAGAUUUUAAGAAUUGGUUGUGCCAAUGUGUGAGGGAUGUACCUUUAGGCUCCCUGUCACCAGUGAUUUACUAGUGUUAGCUGUUUAACACAUUAUCUGUAUUUAGUAGUGAUUAUUUAUUUACAAGUUGGUGGUAAUUCAGCAGUCAGAACUCUAAGCUUUUAUAGUUGCAUUGAGGGAAUCUCGUUUUUAUUCAUUUGGCUGGCAACUGCCUUUAUCACAGACCUCUGCUGCUUGGCUUCCAUGGAAAUUUAUGACAUUCCAAAAUCAUCCUUUUUGGAAGCAACGUGCUCUAAGGGGUGAUAAAUGAUCAAAAGAGAUGUUUCAAGGGGUUUAAGCAUAAUUCAGAAUGUGCAAAAAUUGUCUUAAUUCACAACCUUCAUUCACAAACCCCUUAAAAAAGCUGCCACACAUUCAAAAUGAAUAAUUUGAUACUUUUUCUUUUAGGUCUUUAAAUAACUGAAGUCAAGCACAGAAAAGAAUUUAUAGAAAUCUUUGUAAAGAAAGUCAAAGUUCUAAAAAAUGUUUACUGAUGAACUGAAAAUAAAUCAGUAACAAAACUAUCUUUUCAUUACAUGUUAAUGAUGAAAGAUCUUUUCAUCAUAGUGAAAAGCAGUAAGAAUCAGUGUUAGUUAUACCUAUACCAAAGUAAACAUUGAAGAGACAUUUCAUGCAAUUUCAAACAGUGCUUUCAUAUUAUUUCUGAACCUGACAUACUUAUCCUUAUUGCAGGCAAUAUACAAAGAUUGGCUCAUCACUCUAAUAAAUUAAUUGAGUUCCUGGUUGGGAAAUUGACUUGUUUUGUUUUCCUAAAUUAGCUGAGAUCUUGUAAAACAUGGCUUCCUUUAACAGAUCUAGGCACUGCUCGACUGCAAAAAGGACAUCAUAAAAAUAAUGCCAUGUAGUAAUAGAGCAGUAUGCUUUAUUAGAACCAGGUUAAAAUCUGUUGCCUAAUGGAGUAAAAGUUGCUGAGGUCAACAGGUAAACUGAGGUCUGGCAUAAUAUAUGCCACUCAUUAUUGUCUAAUUACAUUAUUUUGACAACAGACAGCAUUUAUCAGAACAUUAAUUCCAAUGAGAGUUUGGCUAUCACGAUGUGUUGUUUUGAAACAUAAUUGAACGAGACCUGAUUAAUGUCUGAUUUUCCCGGCCCCAGUUUUUGCAGGUUGGCUAUUACCAUACAUCAGCUCCAUCACAACGUAAGGUUCUUAGCUGCACCAAGUGAUUGGUGAACAAGGACAACAACAAAAGCAGCAUACAUUGUAUGGAUUUAUCACAAUGCUAUUGUUUAAUGGCUAUGUUUAAUGUGACCUAUCUGGAAAAUGAG